AUUGUUGUAUGCUCUGACUCUGGUGUAAGACAUUUGUGUUGAGAUUUUUGGAGACUUUUGCACAAAUUUCGUUCUUGGCCAUUUUGCUGAGGCAGAAAAGGACGUUGUGGAGUCCCACAGGUCUUUCUUCAGGGAGCCUUUCUUCAUCCAAGCCAUCAUGUCUGAUAAGCCCAGAGUGUACCAGGGCGUCCGCGUGAAGACCACAGUCAAAGAGCUGCUGCAGAGGCACAGAGCCCGCGAGGCCAACAGCAAAAAAGUUAAAACGAUAUCCCAGGCUUGCUCGGAGCUCCACGAUCUAUGCGCGGCCACCUUUCCGGAUCGCUAUGUGGACCCUCCUCCUGCCGUUCCUCACGCAGCAGACUCGAACAGCUGUGGUGUGCGUGCCCUCCAGCUGCGCACCGCCUCGUUCCCUUUCCCUGACGGCUCGUGCAACAUCCAGAUGCAGGAGAGCGCCUUUAACGACAUCCAGCAGCAGUUUGGGGACAUGAUGUUGCCCAGCAACGGCUACAGCGGCAACAACAACAGCACCGGCGGUGGUGGUGGAGGCUUCACCGCAUCCCUGCCUCCACGUCCCACCCUGCCGCUGCCCUGGAGCCAUGGACUCUCCUCAGAUGCGGACUUCUACGGCCAGGAGAUGGCUCCCUGCUCCUCACCCGAGUCGCUGAAGCUCUGUAACCCCAUGGACCCCAACAGCUACUCCCCGCAGGACUCCUUCUCCUCCUCCUCGUCCUCCUCCUGCUACGACUCACCCACGAGGAUGGAGUCCAGCUACCACAGCGGCUUCCCCUCAGAGCACUACCACUAUCAGAACUGCAGCCCUCAGGACUGUUUCUGCCUGCCCCAUUGCUGGCCCAGUCAGCAGGAGAGCUUCUGCGCCCCUGAGUACGCACCUUACUUCAACCCCAUAGACUAUCCCUACGCCUGUCCUGUGGAGGAGAACUACUUCAAGAGGGAUUAUCAGAUGAGCUCGGAGAUGUGUUACAAUGUUCUAUGAUGAGACCAGCAGCAGUGUUGUUUUUGUCUCUGGAUUGUAAAUAUGAAUCAGUAAGCUUGGUGGUCUGCAUUUCAAUGUGUGUGUGUGUGUGUGUGUGUGUGUGUGUUUGUGUGUGUGUGUGUGAGUGUGCUCCGACUGACUUUUGCUUCCGUGGAAAAUGAUUGAAUGUGUGGAGAAAAAAGACGAUAUUUUUGUAUUCACUUUUUUACUGCUCAGAUUUAUUUUCAUACUCAAAAUUUGUCACUUUUUAAAAAAAUAAAAAUGUGCCAAACAUAAACCAACA